UACCAUCUAUUAAUUACAGAAUAGAUGAAUUUAUCUAAGGAAGGGAAAUCGUAUUUGGUAAUGUUACGGCAAGCUUAGAACCCGUUUCAAACACUGGCUUGUUCGCAGCGGUCAGAGUAACAACGAGCAUAAUAUCCGGUUUAUUGCCGCCCUUUUUCAUUCCUUUGUCUGAAACCAACCAUAUCAGUUUGAAAAAAAUUUGGCACAAAAAUAGUAAAUAAAAUCAGUUACGACAAUGAGGCGAUCGAAGAGACCUUCAACUAGUUCUUAUGCGACAAAAACAAAGACAAGAAAGACGACUACUUCGAGCGCUCGGCAUGAUCAUCCGGAAACCGAACGGGAGGAAAUCGAGUUGGCGUCGGAGGACAGUGGAAAUUUGGGGCUUACAACAAUGGCUGACCCACCGAUUGCUGUACCGCCAAGUUUGUUGCAAGAUUCAAGGGUAUGGUGUGUGGGGUCCUCAAUAAUAAAAAGGGCAGCGAUUCAAGCACGAAACAGACCUGGCGGUUGGCAGCUGGGGCUGGGGCGAGUCGGAAUUUCCAUCUGGUGGCAGGGCUAUGGCGGUUUACAAUGGAGCCUUGAAAACAAAGUUUUGUUACUCUCAAGACAUGAGCCCGCACCAAAAUAUUUGGUUAUCCACUGUGGAGGAAAUGACCUGGGGAACAUUCAAAUCGCAUCAUUACGUGAGUUGAUAAAAUCUACCUUGCAAUUUCUUGCCCAGUUGUUGCCAAAUACACGAAUUAUCUGGUCCCAGAUUCUACCCAGGCUGAAGUGGCGCUAUUCACAGAAUAAUAAGGCCAUGGAGAGAGCUCGGGUGCGCAUAAAUAGUGCGGCAGGUAAAGAGGCCAUUCGGCUUGGGGGUGGAUACAUAUUGUAUCCUGAUAUUGCCCUUAAAUCGCCUUCGUUGUUCCUACCUGAUGGAGUGCAUUUAAGUAGUACAGGGACAGCCAUUUUCUUGAACACCUUGCAAGGGGCCCUAGAGAGCUUCAAAUCUGGAUGUAUUAUGGCAUACCCAUAUUAGACAGUUGUCAUGCUUUGGACUGAAUUUGUUGGGGUCACGGCUAUGUGAUAUAACUUUAAGCUUUCCUUCCCCCUCAUUAUUGUUGUGGCGGUGGUCACUAUCGCCAGAAAUAGAUUCUUGGAUAUUGACCAUAUGGCGAUUACAGGUUGCUUAAAGUAACAGUAUAGGCAAUGUACAUAUGUAUAUAUUUUGGGGGGGAAUUAUUAUUAACAGU